UCCUAUUCUUCUGCAACACCAACAAGCAGACAAACUUUUUUUCUUUUGCCCCAUAUAUGUUUGAUACAAAAGGCAAAAGGAGAAUGGGUACAUACUCAGCUGUGCAUCAGGAGAUCCCCAAAUGUUACCUCUGGGCAAUGCCCUUCCUUCUGAUCUCUCUCAUGUUAGUGCUUUAUGCUGGAGUUUCUAAUGCCACACAGGAGAAUGCACCCACUUCAAGCAAUUCCUCUCCCCACCCUACAGAGCUUUGGAUGAAGAUAAUGACUUCUCAGCCAUGGCAACCAUUUUUGUCUCAGACUCCAGAAAAAGAGAAAGCCAAGGAGGGUGAAACAGUGGUCUUUGGAUGCCAGUACCACAGUUCCCAAGGUUCAUCUUUGAAUAACCUCACAGUGAAGUGGUAUAAGCGGGACGGAAAAGGACAGAAGGAUAUCAUGGAAAAUAAUGUCACUGUCCUGGAAAACAACACUAGAAUUUUCAUGGUUGGGAAUUUAUCAGAAGGUGAUGCUUCACUGACUAUCUUAAAAGUAUCAGCCAGUGAUCAUGGCACUUAUUACUGCCAAGUGAUCCUUUCCAAUGGUGAUGUGGUGACAGGCGAUGGCACAAAACUUAGAAUCCAGAGAGCACUAGGAUGGCUUGGUAUAGAAGAAUCCAUUGGAACAAUCAUUGGCAUGGUGGCUGCUGGCAUUGGAGGUCUGAUAGUUCUGAUUGUAGUUUUAACUCCUCGACUGCGAAAGUGUCUUCCAUGUGCUAAGGCAACAUCCCACCAAGCAUAAUUUGGAGCAUUCGACUAAAGAAUAAUAUCAGGCAUGACAAGAAUUGCAUAGUUAAUGAAUAGAAGCAAAACAGUCUGUUGUUCAAGUGUUUUAUUUCUAAAAGUAUAAUAAAAUGUUAUAGCAUCCUUU